CCUCAGCUGGAGCGCCAGAGAGAUUCAGAUCAAGCGGAGAACAGGAGGAUUUAAAUACCUCUAAGCGGGCGACCUGCUCAGCCCUUCGGGUGUGGGAGGGUGACUGUUUUGUGUCUUUGCUAGACCGGGGGAGCAGGGGGGUGGAGGAGGAGGAACGGAUAAUGAGCUAUUCUUGUACCAGCACAGGCAACAGCCAGGACCCAUCGAGCUCUAAGAAGUCCGGCGGCGUUAAUCCCGGUAGUUGCAGCAGCGGAGACACCGGCAACGGCAAUAACCGCCACAGCAUCCGCGGCAGCAAAGCGAACUCGAACCCUGAUUUAUCCGAGGCCAUGAAAGUCAAGAAGGGCUGCAACACGACAGACGUCGGGGUCCCCGUCACCACAGAGGCGGAACUGCUUGCUAACAAAACGAUCACCCCGGAGGAUGUGCUGGGAUUGCAGAAGAUCACUGAAAACUAUCUGUGUGGUCCAGAAGACAAUGUAUACAAUAUUGACUUCACACGGUUCAAGAUCAGGGAUAUGGAGACAGGAACAGUACUGUUUGAGAUCACCAAACCACCAGCCACAGAUAAAGGAGGGGAUAAAAGAGAUGUUGAUCCAAAUGCUGGCCGGUUUGUACGUUAUCAGUUUACACCAGCUUUUUUACGGCUACGGCAAGUAGGAGCCACUGUUGAAUUCACAGUAGGAGACAUCCCCAUCAAUAACUUCCGGAUGAUCGAGAGGCACUAUUUCCGUGAACAGCUGCUGAAGAGCUUCGACUUUGAGUUUGGCUUCUGCAUCCCGAGCAGCAAGAACACCUGUGAGCACAUCUAUGAGUUCCCACCGCUCUCAGAGGAUCUCAUACGGGAGAUGAUCCUCCAACCUUACGAGACGCAGUCUGACAGCUUCUACUUUGUGGACAACAAGCUGGUCAUGCACAACAAAGCAGAUUAUUCGUACAGCGGAGGCCCUUAGGACAGAGGUGGGAGGGGACUGAGGCAGAGAGUUUGACUGACAGACCUAAGAACCAAUCACAUGUCUUUGUCCAGCAGCCACACCCUCCUUGAGUCAGUGUCACAGACGAUGCGCCAUGCCUGUGUUUGAGAUCUAGAGAGUCGUAUCGUAAGGUCUCGUCCAAUGCAUACAUAUCCUAUUCUGAUUUCACACUGCCAUCGUUCACAUCAGCAAAUAUAGAUAUUAAAGUGUUUAUUUUGUAACAUACCCCAAUGAUGAGCAAAUUCCCUCCAGUCCCAUGUUUUGUAUGGGCAAGGCACUGUAAUGUGAAUGGUACUUAGGUUUUACUAUUCAUUGUGUGUGUGUG